AUGACUAUCAACAUGACUAUCAACAUGACUAUCAUCAUGACUAUCAACAUGACUAGCAUCAUGACUAUCAACAUGACUAUCAACAUGACUAACAACAUGACUAUCAACAUGACUAUCAACCUGACUAUCAACAUGACUAGAGAGAGACCAGACUCUCCCUCUGACAAGAGUCCUUCAGGGGAAAUAGACCCAGGGAAGAGGCCUUCAGGGGAACCAGACCCAGGGAGGAGACCUUCAGGGGAACCAGACUUGGGGAAGAGUCCUUCAGGGGAACCAGACUUAGGGAAGAGUCCUUCAGGCGAACCAGACCUAGAGACUGCCAAACCAGCAGGACGACACUGCUGCUCCCACUGUGGAAGGAAAUUUACCAAGUUACACAACCUAAAAGAGCACGAGAGGACACACACAGGCGAAAAGCCUUUCCAAUGUUCCCAGUGUGGAAAGAGUUUUAGCCGGUUAGACAGCCUGAAAAUGCAUGAAAGAAUUCACUCUGGAGAGAAGCCUUACCAAUGCUCCUAUUGUGUAAUGAGUUUUUCACGAUCACAGGCCCUCAAAAGGCAUGAGAGGACACACACAGGAGAAAAGCCUUUUCAAUGCUCCCAGUGUGGAAAUAGUUUUACCCUGUUGGCACACCUGAAAUCACAUGAGAGGACGCACACAGGAGAAAAGCCUUUCCAAUGUUCCCAGUGUGGAAAGAGUUUUACCCGGUUAAGGACCCUAAUUAGGCACCAAGGAAUACACAAAGAAGGAAGGAAGACCUUCCAUUGCUCUCAGUGUGGAAAGAGUUUUACUGAGUUAUGGGGUGUGAAAAUACACGAGAGAAUUCACUCUACACACAGAGGAGAAAGGCCUUUCCAAUGCUCCCAAUGUGGAAAGCGUUUUACCCAGUUAGGGAACCUGAAUUUACAUAAGAUAAUUCACUCUGGAGAUAAGCCUUACCACUGCUCUCAGUGUGGAAAGAGCUUUAUUCGGUCAUGCCAUCUCAAAGAGCACGAGAAAACACACACAGGGGAAAAGCUCUUCCAAUGUUCCCAGUGUGGGAAGAGUUUUGCCCGGUUAUGGAACCUAAAAGAGCAUGAGAGGAUACACACAGGAGAGAAGCCCUACCACUGCUCUCAUUGUGGAAAGACCUUUUCCCGAUUAAGGGAACUGAAAUCCCAUUACAUUUCACACACUCUUAUCCAGGGAGAAUAACAAUUGUUGAAUUCACCUUAAGGUAGCUAGGUGAGACAACCACACAUCACAGACAUAGUAAGUACGUUUUCCCUUCAUUAAAUAGUUCUCAGUGAAGUCAGUGCUAGUAGGAAAAGACAAGUUCAGGUCAGAUUUAUUGAAAAUACUCUUUGAAGAGGUAGGGUCAUCGUAGUUUUCAAGGUUCGUUGUACAUGAGAGAAUAAAGAAGCUGUGUUCUGUC